AUCUUUUGUGCGAGCAUAGCACAGUAACUAGCUACCAAACUACCCAAUAGCAAAUAAUUAGAUUGACGUGACGUGCCUUGACCUAGGAGGAUCAGUCGUGGCAAAUAUUCUCAUCGGUAAAGAAAAUGAAUACUGUUGUGAUGCGUUUCUUACCUAAGCCGACGCCAUUUUGAUCUCAGUUCGAGUGGGCAAGAGAACGCGGCGGUCGUGUUGUUCUUUCAAGAACCAAUGUUUUAACUAUUUGUAAAACGGUAACUGUAACGUACCGCUGAAGAUGAAAAUCUCAUGCGCCGAGUAAUUCUGGUAAAUUUGUCUUGAUUUGUUUCGUGCAAAUGCAUUUUGAUCUUGCUAAGCAGAUGUGUGUUGUCUAGCUAUUUGCCAUAAUUUCACUCCGUGGACAGUUUAUUAGGUUCCACCCCGUUUUAGAAAAACCCUGUGGUGCCAUGCAGAGACGCAAAAUGCAUUCGGUUACUGUUCGUCUGAUGAAUAGAAUGGGCAAAAUUAGAUAUUUAAACGACUCCGAGAUUACGGCUGGUACUAUACGUGCCGGUUACACAGUCCGUGAAACGGCAAUCCCAUUUGUUCAUGGACGACAGUGUCUGGUGUACCAAGAAAGGUGUGCAAAACUCAAAAUAUAGUAACAGUCAUGGGGUCGCAAACAUCUCUGAUGAUAAAAGUUGGAGAAGUGCGAGGAUGAUGCGAACAAAUAACAGCACAGUAUGACAAUGGUGUGCAGAACGGCAUUUUGGGACGUCAACCUAGUAGAGCAUCUUUGUGGAGAGAUGGAACGGGCUACGUGGAUUUUCCAGUAUGUAGUAGUCCAUGAAUACCUGUCUCUUAACCUAAUAAACUGGCCACUGAUGGUAUAGCUAACAAGAUUGGAACACUUGACUUGGCUCAUUGGUAGUAGUUUAUGGUUAAACCCCAAUGUCUAGCUUAUCACUUAAAGAUAGUUACUCAGCAUCCGUUUCAAGAUGCAAGGUCAACAUGUAUUUGAAAAUUGAGAGUGAGUAACUGUUUGGGUCAGAUGCUAUCCUUUGACCUCAAAGCUUUGCAAUGGCGAAAGUCCUCCUAAAUGUGAAGCUGCAACAUGGCUCAUUGACUCACAUUGAUGUGAAAUGUUAUUGAUGACAGCUGCUGUGUGUUUGUGUGCCAGUGUCUGCCCUUUAAUGACCAUUGUUUUCAGCUGCCUGGGGAGUCUUCUUGUCUUUUCAAGGUUUAGCAGCGGCUCCUCUUUUCGGUGGACCUCUGGAAGUGGAUAGGAAAGAAUGUAGAUCCCGAGAAGAUUCCCCCCCCCCCCCAAAAAAAAAGCAGCAUUUUCCCUCUCCCCACCUUGUCUGCCCUCCACCUUAGCCCACCAAGUAUUGGAAGACCUUGGAAGAAUUUUUUUUUUUUUUGGAUCCACAAUUAUUUUCCUUAAUUGCCCCCCUCCCAUUUUACUUGCCAAAUCUUGCCAGUCCAUCCCUCCCAAGUAAUUUUCUUGGAUGAAAACCCAGAGAGGAGAUGCAGCUUUUUUCUUUUUCAUCUCGCUUUUUAAUCACCUUAGUUUCUCUAUCCAGUUAUUCCUUUCUAUAAAAAAACAAAACAAAAAAACCCCAUGGACACUCUGUUAAGCUUUAUCAGUCUGGCAUCCAGGCCAGGUGUUCUCUGGAGGUCCUAGGACGACUGUCUCUGGCACACCUUUACCCUCUUAUCUCACGGACCAAGUGUUCCUUCAGGACCUCUAUUGCCACGGAGACGCCCAGUCAGAAGUGCUCAGAGAGGAGGAGAGAUCAUCUCAACCACACCAGAGGAAGUGCUGUUAAGAACUGUCAGAGGGCCAGGGCUCUAAUGACAUGUCUGUCCCUGGACCAGACCCCAUGGCCUCAGAGAGGGAGGAAAUACUGUGUACUAAGCAGGGAGAUUCCUGCGGAUCCUGAAUAGACCCACCCUGCCGCCAUCCCACUAAACAGGGCCGUGACACCAUCAUCCACACCCUAAGAAAAACACCAGCUGUGACGCCAGCAUCCACCCCCUGAAAAAAACACAAGCCGUGAAGCCAUCAUCCACUGCCUGAAAAAAACACCAGCUGUGACGCCAUCAUCCACCCCCUGAAAACACCAGCUGUGACGCCAUCAACCGCCCCUGAAAACCCUUAAAGAAGUUUACCAGUCCUAAAGGUUUGAUCAUGACGAACAAUGGAGACGACUGCUACUUCUUCUACUACUCCACCUGCACCAAGGGAGACAGCUGUCCGUUCAGACACUGCCAGGCAGCCAUGGGCAGUGAGACGGUCUGCAGCCUCUGGCAGGAGGGACGCUGCUUUCGUAUGGUCUGCAAGUUCCGCCACAUGGAGAUCAAGAAAAAUCGCAGAGAGAUUGCCUGCUACUGGGAAAACCAGCCGGCCGGCUGUCAGAAGUCGCACUGUGCGUUCCACCAUGAGAAACCCCGCUUCAUUGAUGGACACUUUGUCCCCGCAGAUAAAGGCUCUGCCUCUAAAGAAGUGGAACAGCCCCAAGAAGAGCCUGCCCCCCCACCUCCUCCCGCCCCUCUCCCCAGCGCAGCCAAUCCCCAACUCCGAGGGGUCAUCAAGGCGGAGACUCAGGAGAGUGUUCCCAGCCCCACCCACCCGCCUGUGGUCAUCAACCCAGCAGAUGACGAUGAGGACGAGGAUGAUCAGUGCUCCGAGGACGAGACUUCUCCCAGGAAGCUGGCCAAAGUCUCCAGCUCAGAUGACUCUAUGAACUUUGGCAUCCGGACCCUGGAGGAGAUCCGCCUGAGGAGGGCCCUAAAGGCCAGCAUGAAGAGAUACGGUACCCCACUAGAGAAGGCCCCCCUGUCUUGCCAGGUGACCAACGGAGGCGGUAAAGAGGAGAGCAUGAGCUUGUAUGGGGGCCCCGCCCUCUUCUCUGCCAUCAGCGACGUCGCCGCCUGCAGAGAAGUAACUGGAAGACGUAACGUUGCCGACAGACUGGGGAAAAGAAUCCACAGAAGAGAUGUUCCUGCAGAUGACUGUGACCUGCCACUGAAACGCUGCCUGGCAGCACGCCUGGGCGGGGUGGUGGGUGAGGACGAGGGCAAUCCUUCUAAAGACUGCCUCACAGCAGAGCCUCGUGGUGAGCCUGAAAAGGCUCCCCCAGAGAUCCACAUCAAGACACUGGAGGAGAUCAGACUUGCUAAGGCAGCCAAAUCCCCAAAUCUGAAAACUGAACCUCCCAUCACCACCACAGCCACUAAAACCUCUCCUAAAGUUUCCAAGAGGUCUAUUAUGGUCAAAACGGCCUCCAUUGUCCAGGUCAAGACCUUCUCUGAGGUCCUUCACGCCAAGAAGAAGCUGCAGAAGGAACGUCUCCAGAAGACCAAGUCACAGUCCUCUUCUGGAGCUCCCAGUGGCUCCCCCAGCAAGGGCCUCGCGGAGGAAGCUGUGCCCGGCCGCGGGCCCCCUCCCAGAGCGGGGGUGAGGGUGAAGACCCUGGAGGAGAUCCGCUGUGAGAAAGCAGCCAGGAUGCAGGCCAAGUGCCAGGGGGAGGAUGAGGGGGAGGCUGGGGGCAAGGCGGGCAGGAAACCCCAGUUACCACGCAUCAGAAAGCCUUCUUCCCCUGAGGGCAGCAGUGACUCUCAGAAGAGCUGUGGGCUGGCUGAGAGGCCAGGAGAACCUACCAUCACCACAGAGGUCAAGGUCUGUGGUGCGUCUGGGAACGGCGUGAAGGUGAAGACCUUCCAGGAGAUCAUGCGUGAGAAGCAGCUCCGUAGGCAGGAGGACCUGGCAGCCUCCAACAACCCUUCAGACAGCUCGGUGGAGGCAGAGACCGCUCGGUCUGAGCCCCCGGCCAUCCAGAGGAAGGUCAGAGUGCUGGCAAGCCCCUCCGGCUCCUCCUCUCCGCGCCUCGUUCCGGAGCUGGCCCCCACUAUCCCUAAUGCUGUGCCUGUUGGCCAGCGCGUCCUCCUCAGCCCAAAGGUGACUCCUCCCACCGUCACCACUGCGACCUCCCCCCAGUGGGGGCCCCCCCCUAAGCUGGCGGAGUCCUCCAGCCCCGCUCCAGGGAGGAGGGGCUUCCCAGUGCCCUCCCAGGAGGCCAGAGGAGUGGCCCCGCCUGCACUGGACAGCACUCUGCUGAACCAAGAUGGUGCCCAGCACGAGUCCCCAGCACCAGCCACCGGGGCCAAAGUGCGGCCCAAACUGAACGUGAAGCCGUCGGUAGUGAAGCCAGCAGCCGAGGUGAAACCGGGUCAGAAGCGCAAGGCAGCCGAGUCUGCUGUGGCAGCGGUCAAGCCCCUGAACAGCGCCUCCAGAGCACACGACAACAUGCCCAGCAAACGGACAGCGGUGUCCCUUCAGGUGUCCACACCCUCCUCCCCCCAGAUGCCCGCACCACCAGCGCUGGGGCCGAGCCCAGGCUUCAGCCCCCUGGAGGAGGAGCUCCAGGCUUCCCACACGCUCAACACCGUCCUCCCCAGCAACACAGCUGCCUGCAGUGUCCCUCAGAGUCCUGUGACCAAAGUGGCGGGCGAGGGUCGCUCCCGACGCCUCAGCCUGGCCACCUCCUCUGGGCUGGACACAUUUGAGGAUCUGAUGAACGAGUUCACCGACAACCUGGAGGACGAACAGGACCGUGGCAAGGCCGGGGAUGACCUGCUCCGGGAGCUGUCUGAGAUGAUAGACAACUAAAGGACAGCUACAGGACAAGCCUGCUUCAGUAUGUGUCUCAGAUGAUAGACAACUAGAGGACAGGAGCUGUCUGAUAUAUUAACAACUAAAAGACAGCUAGAGGGCAGGCCUGUUGCAGAAGCUGCCUGAUAUGAAGACAACUAAAGGACACGCACCGCUACUCUCAACCUUAAUCAUCUGAAUAUUAAAUUGGACUCUCAUUUAAAAACCCAUUGUUGAACAUAAUGAGUUUCAGCUGUCAGAACUCAUCUACUGCCAUAGCCUUCCCAGCACCUUGUAGUCAUGGGUAUUAAUUAACAUAAUUUGCAUAUUACCAGACUUACACCCACAUGGACCCAUUCCACUUCAAUUAAGGUUUGUAGUAUUUCAUACUUUAGACAAUUUAUCUUUGUUUUUAUUCUGUCUUUACAUUUUAGUUGUUUCACUCGUUUGUUUUCUCAGGAACAGUCUUAAAUGCAUUUACAUUUUUCUGUACUUCUAAUUGGUCUAAAUUAUACUAGUGAUGUACUCGUCCCUUAAGAAUUGUUUUGGUUCUUUCUGUGUUUUUCUGGUGUUCUUAUAGAGAACCAAACAAAGAAGAGAACCUGUCUAGUAAGCAUUCUCAGGCAACUGGUGACCUUAUUAUUGGGCAUAUUUGGUCCUAAAACUGAUGUUGAAUCAUGUACCUUUGUUGCAGAAAGACUCAAACAUGUAUACUGUGUAUGCUCGAGUGAAUUUGCUUUUUAAAGGGACCCAUAGCAAGCGGCCGGACACACUGCAAUGCUGUCAAGUCUCAUCGAGGGAUCUGAAUUCUCAACAAUCAUGUACAGUUUUGUGUCUUUUUUGAGGUUUGAGCUAAAAUGGUGUUGAGAAUAUAGAAACAUUACUUAAACGAUUGGUUAAAGGGGUACCUGUCCGAAAGCAAGUAUUUUUAUGUAAAAAUUUGAAUUGCUUAUUUUAGAUUCUUCACUUUUGUGGAAUGGUCUACCUUUGUGAUACAUCCAUUUUUGAGCAUUAGCCCCACUUCCUAUAAAAACAAUAUUUAUUAGCUGCACAUUUAUCAUAAAUGUAUAUCUUGUGCCACACAUUUAGCACGCAAGUCAUGUAUUUGGUAUCUGCUUUUAACCUGAGUGGUAAAAUUGUUACCAACAUUUUGAAACAACUACUUGCUGUUCCCUCCCCCCCCAAAAGAAAAAAGAAAUAAGAGGGGGAAAGAAAAAACAAUCUGGUCUUUAAAUGUGAAACAAUCUCAGGGACUCUGUUUCUGUCUGUUAGGCCAUAUACAUCCCAUGAGCUAAAUCAAACUGAUGCUUUCUAUUGAGCUAUGCUAUAAUGUGUACUGUACCAUUAGCCAUUGAGGUUGACUGGUUUCAUCAUGAUGAGUCUGGAUGGAAGCUGUUCUGUACAUGCUUGCUGCACCUGGUCUGAUGACCUCAAGUAACUGUUAUGAAACUGUUUAUAAUAAAGUGAUUUUAUGACACCUUA